AGGGGAGGGAGGCUUCCCGGAUAAAAGCCCACCCGCCGUCGGGGCUGCGCAGUGAGUGCUGGCGGUGGUCUGCCGAGCGGAGGAGUGAUGGCGAGCCAAGGCUACGGACGGAGGCAGCUGCUCCACGUAGUGCCGGAGCCGCAGCUGUGGAGCUUCGGCCGGCAGCCCGACGGGGAGGCACGACGGUGGGCCGUCGGCGGUGCCCCGAGCCUUUUCAGCCAUCUGACGGGCCAUUUAAACGAGACGGACCGUCUGCGCCUGGUGCUGCUGGACCCCUGCCCGCUGCUGGCCCUGGAGGAGCCUGGCCUUGGCUCGAAGGGGCGGACGCAGCCGCUUUUCCUCCGCGGGCAACGCUGGCACCAGCUGGCCCUCGACGUGGAGGGCUUCUCGGCGGAGGAACUGACGGUCAGGCUGGAAGGGAGGAAGCUGACGGUCCUGGGGAAGCAGGAGAAGGAGACGGCGGGCCAGGACGGCUGCGUGUGCCGCGAGUCCCGCCAGGUGCGCAAGGAGCUGCUGCUGCCCCCCGACGCCGACCUGGAAGCCCUCACCUGCGCCCUCGACCCCGACGGGCAUCUCCGCGUUCAGGCCCCACGCCUGGAGCGCACCAUCCCGGUCACCAUGGAGAGGAACCCGAGCGAGGUCGGCGAAACCGACGGAGGGGCCGAGGCCGCCGCGGGAAGCGAGAAGCCGGACGGGGCGGACGAGCAGAGAUCAGCGGUUCCGUCCCAGUGCUCCGUUUAGCCGUUUCCCCCGGGUGUCACGCAGCAGCGAGGA